CGAUAGGGCUGAGGCGGGCCGGGAGGGAGAGGCCAUAGACACACGGGCAAAAAAACUAGAGCGUUUGCUGUAAAUUUCAAAUAGUUGUACGUGCAGAAAUCCUGACUUGUUGAUUGAAAAGAGAAAGAAGCUCAGCGGUUUAUCAGGCGAGCUGUGAAAGUGCUGCUAUCGCGAGGUUUAUUUGGCGCAAGUGAGCUAGCUGAAUAGCAUACUAGGCUAAAAUAAGUAAAACGUUAGUGUUGUUCCCCUGGACGCCGGAAUGGGCGCACACACACGGGCGUGCUUUGUAUUUGGAAACUUUAGCAAACAGGGGUGAAUGACAGACGCGUUAAGGGAACAUUUUAUUCCUUUAAAACGUUUUUAUAAUGAGCACUUAAUCUAAAACAGUCCAACGUAGAUGGAGCAGGGGCGCUUUAGUGGAAGUAGCUAGCACAGCUAGCCGGCCUGGCAGCUACAUCCCAGAAGAACAGUUAAUACCCUAAAGUAGUGUCGUUCAUUUAAACGCUCUGGGUUACGAUAUUUGUUGUUUAUCAUGUCUAAAUGUAUCGGUUUGAUUAAACAGGUUUAAGCUGCUUGCUUAUGUUGGGAAGAAAAUCAAGCUAGCAAGCCGCGAUAGGCUCAGUGUUUUAGCGCCCAGUCCAGAUGAAGGAGUAUAAAGUGGUGGUGCUGGGCAGCGGCGGCGUGGGCAAGUCCGCCCUCACCGUGCAGUUUGUCACUGGCACCUUCAUCGAGAAAUACGACCCCACCAUCGAGGACUUCUAUCGGAAAGAGAUCGAAGUGGACUCGUCCCCUUCUGUGCUGGAGAUUUUGGACACAGCCGGAACCGAGCAGUUCGCUUCCAUGCGAGAUCUCUAUAUCAAAAAUGGCCAAGGCUUUAUCUUGGUUUACAGUCUUGUCAAUCAGCAGUCCUUCCAGGACAUCAGACCAAUGCGAGAUCAGAUAGUCAGAGUGAAGCGCUUCGAAAAGGUGCCCCUCAUCCUGGUGGGAAACAAGGUGGACCUUGAGUCUGAGCGAGAGGUGGCCGGGUCAGACGGCCGAGCCCUUGCACAGGAGUGGGGCUGCCCCUUCAUCGAGACCUCAGCCAAAAGCAAGACCAUGGUGGACGAGCUGUUUGCUGAGAUCGUGAGGCAAAUGAACUAUGCCACUUUGCCUGAGAAGCAGGAGCAGUGCUGCACGGCAUGUGUGAUGCAGUGAGGUUCUGGCCUUACUACAGUCUUUGCAGCUCCAGCACCUGGCAGGAAGACCUUUAAAACCAGUUUCUGCUUCAGUGAUGUUUUGACCCCAUGAGCCACACACCAGUCUCACUGAGCUGUCUGAACUGAGACUGAUGAGGUCAUCUGAUGACAAAGCUUGGUUUUGCUGCAUCUUAAAGCGGGGACUUUACGUCUCUGACUUUCAUUGGUGUUUGUAUUGUAGAGCACAUAUAUAAUACAGUAUAUAUCCAGUAUACUGGGCUUUUUUGGGAACUGCAUGAUGAGCAUCAGUUGGAAAGCAGAGGACUUUGGAAACAGGGGCCAUCCUUGACAGGGCUAUUACUAUCUAUUUUCUUAGAGGAGGACCUUCGUUAUGUAUGAGCGGGACUUCCCGAACCUGCAAAAUGCUGACGGUGCUCAGUCAUGCAACCCCAGGUUUUCUUUUAACAUUUUAAGUUUCAUUUCUAUUUUUAAAGUGAUUUAUAGCCAUUAUUCAGGAUUAAGACCUGGACCAUCUAACUUUGCUUUACUUUUUAUUCUUUUUUUAAAUGCAGUAUGUAUGCUUUUCCUCACAAUAGUCUAUUUAUUAAAAUCUUUAAUUACAAAGAUGGACAAUGCAUUUUUAUGUUCCACUGGCCUUUUUUUGUUUUUGUGACCGUACGUAUUGUUUCUGAAAUGGAGAAUUGAUGACGCCUUAAAUGAUUACAGUCUGAACUUGUGUGGUCUAUGCUUCCUGUUUCCUGAGUUCUUAUACACACAAACAGUGGUGGGCCAAAAGUCUGAGACCACUAGUGAAAGUUUCUUCUACUUUGCAUUUUCUUAAAUUUAAUACAGUGUUUUUAAUUUAGAAACCAUAUAAUUCAAUGAUACAUCGAGCAAAUUCACAUGCUUCAGUCUUCUGAGCAUGUGCUUUAAUGGAAAGGGAAUUUACAUGGUUAAUUUUGCAAAUGUGUGUAUAUGCUUUUCACUAGAACCAAACACUGACUGUAUGAGAUGUAUGUAUUUUUCAAAAAUUUAUAGAAUUGUACUCAAAAUAUGCUGCUUAUAGAAUUUGUCAUGAACAAAUUUGCCGUCAUGGUCUCAGACUUUUGGCCCCAGCUGUGUAUAUAAACAAAUUUCCUUUCAGGUCAUAAGACUUCCAUAAAUAGUACUGUAGAAAGCCAAAAAUCCCCUCUGUUUGUUAUUGCAUAUUUGUUUAGCACUUUUGCGUCUCAUUCUCUGAAGUUUCUCAGUGAGGCAGUGGCAGAUCAGCGCAUUGGAUGUCCUCUAGUGGGCAUCCGUAAUGUAACAGUGUUGUAUGAAUUAAACCCACCAUCCAAACAGGAAAAACAGUCUUUCACCGUGACUAGGUAAUGUUUAACUGUGUAGUAUUAUUUAAAUAAUAAUGUGUGAUUUAUUAACAUUAAACUGGCAUAACAUAGUAGAAGGUUGUAGAUUCGAAUCCAAACUUUGCCUUUCAGCCACUGUUGGGCCCUCGAGCAUGGCCCUUAUCAUUCCUGGCUCCAGGGGUGUUGUACAAUGACUGCCCCUGCUUUCUGACCCCAGCUUCCAAAAACAGCUGGGAUGUACAGAACACAAACAUUUAAUUGUACUGUACACAUAUACAUAUCAAAUAAAGGUGUUUUAUCAGCCCUA